UCACCGCACAGCCUGGGAAGAGCGGUCGGGAAGCGCAGAUGCAGCAGCACCGGCGGCAUGAGCGGCUACCAGCCACCAGUGGUGAUCGACAAUGGCUCGGGAAUGAUCAAGGCGGGCCUGGCUGGGACCCGGGAGCCCCAGUUUGUCUACCCGAAUAUUCUGGGCCGGUCCAAGGGCCAUGCGGUGGACAGCAGGCAGGAGCUGUGUGUGGGUGAUCAAGCGCAGGAGCGCAGGAGCUUCCUGUCCAUCAGCUAUCCAGUGGAACGGGGUCUCAUUUCCUCCUGGGGGGACAUGGAGAUCAUGUGGAAGCAUAUCUAUGACUAUAACCUGAACCUGAACGCCAGUGAUGGCCCAGUCUUGGUUACAGAACCUGCACUGAACCCACUGGCAGACCGGCAACACAUCUCCGAAGUGUUUUUUGAAAAUCUGGGAGUCCCUGCCUUCUACAUGUCUGCCCAGGCGGUGUUGGCUCUCUUUGCUGCUGGCUUUACUACCGGCCUGGUGCUGAACUCAGGUGCUGGAAUUACUCAGUGCGUGCCCAUCUUUGAGGGUUACUGCCUAUCUCAUGGUGUAAAACAGCUAAAUGUGGCAGGAUCUGACCUCACCAACUACCUCAUGAUGUUGUUGAAGGAUGAUGGUAUCAUGCUGCUUAGAACCAGAGACAGGGAGAUUGUCACAGACAUUAAAGAGAAUGCUUGUUAUGUGGCGAUGAACUAUGAAGAUGAAAUGACCAAGGACUCUAACCUAGAGAAAAUAUACACCCUGCCUGAUGGGAAGACUGUCAAACUCCAUAAGCAGGUAUUUCGUUGCCCAGAGGCCCUCUUCUCUCCACAUCUUGUGAAUGUUGAUGCUCUGGGCAUCGACAAGAUGUGCUUCGGCAGCAUAAUGAAAUGUGAUACUGAUCUCAGGAACUCCUUCUUCUCCAAUAUCAUCCUUUCGGGAGGAUCGACGUCUUUUCCUGGUUUAGAUAAGCGACUCAUUAAGGAUGUAGCAAAGAUGGCACCCACCAAUACCGCUGUGCAGGUUAUAGCUCCCCCAGAAAGGAAAAUAUCAGUGUGGAUGGGAGGGUCUAUUCUUGCAUCCUUGUCUGCCUUCCAAGACAUGUGGAUCACGGCUGCAGAAUUCGAAGAAGUUGGACCCAACAUUGUACACCAGAGAUGCUUUUGAAAUGCAGAUAGAAGGACAAAUAAGAAUGCUUUGAGUGUACAUAACAAAAUGCUUUGGGUAUUCUUAUUUGGGGAGGGUGAAAAGCAUUUCUGUUAUUGUGAUGGGCCACUUUCUUUUUAAAAAUGUGUUUGGUAGUUCUGAGAAUUGAGCCUAGA